GUUGAAUUGAAAACAGACAACAGAGCGUCGCUUUGGCCGAGUGGUUAAGGCGUGUGCCUGCUAAGUACAUGGGGUUUCCCCGCGAGAGUUCGAAUCUCUCAGGCGACGAUUACUUUUUUUCACUUUUUUUUUAUGCCAAAAUAAUUUUUUAUACUAUUGUUCUCCUCAAAAUUGCCCAUUGGAUUCCCAUUUUCCAUUUGUUUCUCCAGUUAAUACUAAUACCAAUCCAAUGAAAACAACCCAUCAUCAUAAAAACAAUUCAAAUAACAAUAUUACUGUUCAAAAAAUUGCCAGAAAAAACAAAGCUUCAUCAUCCAAAACAACAAUUGUUAGAGUUAAAAACAAGCAUAAAUCAUCAAAAGAUUCAAAACCCAACUCAGAAUUUCAAGAAAACAUCCCAAUUCCUCAAAUUAACACUACCCUUAUAGCUUUCUUGAAUAAAAAUCCAAUCUUGACCAAAGAUUUUUACCAAAUUGAUGCACUUGAUCUUGCCCCUCGUUUGCUUGGCAAGUUUCUUAGGAGAGAUGAUGUUGUUCUUCAGAUAACUGAGGUGGAAGCUUAUAGGCCAAAUGAUUCAGCUUGUCAUGGUCGAUUUGGCAAAACAGUUAGGACUGCCCCUGUUUUUGGUCCUGGUGGUCAUGCAUAUGUUUACCUCUGCUACGGUCUGCACAUGAUGCUCAAUGUUGUAGCAGACAAGGAAGAAGUUGGAGCUGCUGUAUUGAUUCGUUCCUGCGCUCCCAUCAGUGGUUUGGGAACUAUUCAGCAGCGUCGGGGUUUAAAAACUGAGAAGCCUAUUCUUCUUGCCGGUCCUGGAAAGGUGGGUGUUAGAUCUUCCAAAAGUAGUGCAGUUUUUGAGGAUCUGACAUGGGUGCUACUGACUGCUACAACUUUUUUUGAGAGUCCGAGCAUCAUAGCAAGUAGGAAGCAGUCUCGCAGAAAAAGGAGGGAAAAAGUUGGUCAAGCAUUAGGACUAUCAACAGAAUGGUCUAGCCACGCUCUAUACACUGCUGGCGGUUUAGAACUCUUAGAUGGUCCAGAACCAGAAAAUAUACUUGUUGGUCCAAGAGUUGGUAUAGAGUAUGCUUUGCCAGAACAUGUUAAUGCAUUGUGGAGAUUCGCAAUCGCCGGUUCCUCAUGGAUCAGUGCCCCUAAAAAGACUCUCAGACCUCUUUAGCUCAUCAACAGGCGCCAUGAAUCCGCCCCCCUUGGGUGAGGGGAAAAAAGUGAGAAAGUAAUCAUGAGAGAAAGUAAUCAUACUGUUGUCUAUCAGAUGUACCUGAUUUAUAAUCAAUUCUCCCACUUUACCCCCUUUUUGUGUAUAUUUUGGUUGAUUUAGCAUGUAUCUCAAUCAUAUUCUUGGUUAUUUGGCUUUCAAAUAUGCCUCUUUUUGUUGGA